AUGUCCGAUUCGCGUCAAACAACCUUACCACCACAUGCACCUCCAACAGAAAGCACACGGACUGGCUUAUACCACCCUACCCUUACAGAAAUUCAACAAGACUCCAUAUCUAAACUUGCCGAAGAACAUUGGGCUCACAAAGAUCCCGAGUCAAGAAAGUGGGAUGCCUCGGUGGUUGAGAAAAUUUACUAUAAAGAGUUGCAAGAGACUGAGUUUACAACAAAGAAAUUGAUGUUGUUAGAGUUUAGCCAGUAUCUUGAAAAGUAUCUAUGGCCGAAUUUUGGCGCGUCCAAAGCUUCACUAGCUCAUGUGUUGUCAAUAGUCUUAAUGGUCAAUGAAAAAUUCAGGGAGCGUGUAUCAGCUUGGGAUAGUUUCAUGAAUUUGCCUGCACAAUUUCCGGAAUUCUUUAGUCGUGUUCUGCACCUCUCGGUUCCCCCUUUAGUAAAUAAUUUGACGCUACAAAAUGCUUGCGGUAAAUAUUUCAAAGAUAUGAAGGAUCUCUGGAAUAGAAUUAAAAAGGAGGCUGAGUUUCGUAUGAAUAAAGAAUUAAAAGACACUUGGACGCGUGUUGUUAAAAGACAUCGAGCUACUGCUGAUGAAGCACACAAGCAGAGGCUAGAGUUUGAAAGGUCUUGGUUAGGUGAACUGCUUAAAGGAUUCAUCUCAAUUUUAUACUCUAUACCAGAAACAGGACCUACAAAUGGUGACGCCGUGGCUUACUGUGAACGCUUUCUAGAAUUUCUUAUUGAUCUGGAAGCUCAGCUUCCUACCAGACGAUUCUUCAAUACCUUGCUUGAUGAUCAUCAGAUUGUUGUUCUGUGUAGAUUGGCUCCAAUAGUUAGACGCAAGGAAGGCAGUGAACUUUUUUUGCAACUUUUGGAAAUGUUAAAAUUCUAUGCUGGUUUCGAAAUCAGCGAUUUCGAUGGAUCAGCCUUGACAGACGACGAGAUGACAGCAAUCCAUUGUAAAAGAUUGACUAAAUUACAACAUAUAGCAUACAUGUACUUCAAAGACUCACUAAACUCGUUAGCUUUAUCUAACUUAGCAUCGAUAGAACGUCGAUCCGACUUACAUCGGCAUUUCGAUUCUUUAUCAUACGAGGAACUAAUUCGAUUAUGCGAGCAUCUCGAUGUUCGAACACAAAAACUGGCAGGCGAAGGAUCUUACGAUAAAGAUUUUCUUGUGGAAGUUUUGAUAACUAAAUACGAGAGGAGAAAGAGUCAGAUUGAUAUGAUCAAUUCGACGCCUUUGUAUCCUGAUGAAAAUGCACUUUUCGACGACGCGGUUGUCAAGACACAAUUUUACUCGGGCGAAACUCCGUUGGCCCUACCAAAACUAAACCUACAAUUUCUCACUAUACAUGAUUACUUGUUACGUAAUUUCAAUUUAUUUCGGCUUGAGAGUACAUAUGAAAUCCGUCAAGAUAUUGAGGAUGUUGUUAAACGUUUGGCGCCACGCAUAACGUACCCUCUCGGUAAGACAGAAUUUACAGGAUGGGCUCGUAUGGCUGUAGAGAUCGAUCGUUUCAGUAUUGUAGAUGUUGCUAAGCCUAAUCUCGGAGAGGAACAUCCGUCUCUUGUCAAGGCUGAUAUCACAUUUAAUAUUGGUCGAUACACGGAAUCAAUUCGUAAUGAAUGGGAUUCUUUGAAGCAACACGAUGUUUUGUUUCUUUUAACCAUUCAAGCACAUGACGAAACUGACGAAAAAUACCAGGAUGACAUGCCGUUCAGGCAGCAUUUUGGUUUGAAAUAUGUGAGAGGGUGUGAAUUGAGCGAAAUCAUUGGCGAUGACGGCAAGCCAAUCGAUGAAGUUGGCAAGCCUCGCAUUGACGAUCGAAGACCGAAAAUUUCUGGUAACAUGAGAACAUUGCGUGUACUUUUAGAUACUAAUCAAUAUAAGGUCGAUAUGGACCGAUAUACUCGAGAAAAAACCGAUGAUGUUUAUGAGACUUUCAAUGUGGUGAUGAGACGAAAACCAAAGGAAAACAAUUUCAAAGCUGUACUUGAGACUAUUCGAGACUUAAUGCAAAGUGAACUAGUGGUACCCGAUUGGCUUCAUAAUGUAUUCUUGGGAUAUGGCGAGCCAGGAAGUGCUCAUUAUAGUAGGAUGCCUAACCGACCAAAAGAAAUUGAUUUUCGCGAUACUUUUCUCGAUUUCGAUCAUCUGAAAGAAAGUUUUCCAAAUAUGAAAAUCGUACCAGCAGGUCACAAAAAGUCGAUUUCGCCACCAUAUAUUCUUCAGUUUCCUGAGCCUUCAGAUUCCCAUCCGACAAAAAAACGUAAAGCAGGAAAGGAAAACGAGACGCUGAAAAAAUCUAAAACGAAAGAGAAUCAGAUUAUUGUGAGAACUUAUACUAUGCCUAAUAUGGGUCCUUAUCCUUUUAAUCAGCCUCGAAAGAAUACAAUUAGGUUUACUCCGAUACAAGUGGAGGCUAUUCGCGCAGGAACUAAUCCUGGGCUAACGAUGGUAGUUGGUCCCCCAGGUACGGGUAAGACCGACGUCGCGGUACAAAUAAUUGCCAACUUGUAUCAUAAUUUUCUAGAUCAACACACAUUGUUGGUUACUCAUAGUAAUCAAGCUCUAAAUCAAUUAUUUGAGAAAAUAAUGGCUCUUGACGUCGAUGAACGUCAUUUGUUGCGCUUGGGUCAUGGGGAGGAAGAGCUUAACACCGAGUUGAGCUUCAGUAAAUAUGGGCGCGUUAAUUCUUUUUUGGAAAAACGGCUUGCGUUACUGGCAGAAGUCGACCGUCUUGCCAAUUCCUUACAAAUUGGUGGCGAAUAUGGUUAUACCUGCGAGACUGCAGGAUACUUUUAUCUAUAUCAUAUAUUAUCAAGAUGGGAGCCAUAUAUAGACAAAUGUCGUCAACGAAUGAAUACUGGGGGUGAAAAUGUAGACUUUAUUAGAAAUAAUUUUCCUUUCACUGCUUAUUUCGACAAUGCACCACAGCCACUUUUCCCACCUGAAGUCAAUUACACCGAGACACUAGAAAUAGUAGAAGGUUGUUUCAGACAUAUUGAAAAAAUAUUUACCGAAUUGGAAGAGAUCCGUGGUUUUGAACUGUUGCGAACAAGUUAUGAUCGGGCGAAUUAUCUAUUAACUAAAGAAGCGAAAAUCAUUGCGAUGACAUGUACGCAUGCUGCUUUGAAGCGACGUGAGCUUGCUACUUUAGGCUUCAAGUAUGACAAUGUGGUAAUGGAAGAGGCGGCACAAAUACUUGAAGUAGAAACAUUCAUUCCAUUGCUUCUUCAAGAGACCGAGGAUGGCCGAAGUCGCCUAAAGAGAGUUAUUAUGAUUGGCGAUCAUAAUCAAUUACCCCCUGUUGUGAAAAAUAUGGCUUUUCAACAAUACGGGAAUAUGGAACAGAGUUUGUUCACAAGAUUUGUGAGGCUUAAUGUUCCUACGAUUGAUUUGGACUCUCAGGGUCGUGCUAGAUCUUCUAUUGCUGAAUUGUAUAAUUGGAGAUAUAAAAACCUAGGAAAUUUACCUGUUAUACACCAGCAACCUGAAUAUCAAAAAGCGAAUGCAGGAUUUACAUAUGAUUAUCAAUUGAUAAAUGUGGAUGAUUAUUUGAGUAAAGGAGAAACAGAACCAGUGCCAUAUUUUUAUCAAAAUCUCGGUGAGGCUGAAUAUGUAGUCGCUGUUUACCAAUACAUGCGAUUGCUGGGUUAUCCAGCUGAUCAGAUCACUAUCCUAACAACAUAUAACGGACAAAAAGCGUUAAUACGGGAUGUGUUAAAAAAACGAUGUUCGUGGAAUCCGUUAUUCGGGAGACCAGCAAAAGUAACGACCGUGGAUAAAUUCCAAGGACAGCAAAAUGAUUAUAUACUUUUAUCUUUAGUUCGUACCAGAUCAGUUGGUCACAUUCGGGAUGUGCGACGUCUUAUAGUGGCAAUGUCUCGAGCACGCCUCGGCUUAUACGUGUUUUGUCGACGCGCAUUAUUUGAGAAUUGUUACGAGUUAACACCGACGUUUAAUAAGUUACUGGAACGGCCUGAUAAGUUGAAAUUACGAAUAAAUGAAAUGUUGCCUACUGAUAGAGAUGUGGGAGAUUACAGCGAACCAUAUGAGAUUGCAGAUGUAACCCAUAUCGGACGAUACGUCUAUCAAAUGAUGCAAGAACAAUUGCAGUUUGCUAAAGAGCAGAAAGCAAGGAUUGAGAAAGAGGCGGCCGGAGAAGUUGAGGAAGAUACAGAAAUUCAAACUGUAGAUGAUGAAAGUAGUAAAGGAUUGUCUUCAUCAAGUAAUAACAAACAAUAA